ACAUAAUUCUCAUCAUUAUUUGAUUAAUUAUUCGUUCAUCUCCAUUUCCAUGCCUAUGUCAAGAAACUGAUUAAUUGAUCAUUAUUUAUUGCCAAUUUCCAAAGCAAGACUCUAAAGUAAAAGAUGGGUGGAGAAGAAGAGGCUUUGGCAGACGGCAGCGGCGGAGAGGCGAAGAAUGUGGUUGCAUUCUACAAAUUAUUCGUUUUCUCGGAUUGGCUUGAUAAGAUCCUCAUGUUGGUGGGGACGUUGGGUGCCAUCGGCAAUGGCAUGAACCCGCCUCUCAUGGCCUUGCUCUUUGGUGAGCUGGCUGAUGCAUUUGGUCGUACGCAGACCGGUAACGUGCUCCCUGUCGUGUGCAAGGUCUCCCUUAAGCUGGUCUACGUCGCGCUUGGCUGCGGUGCUGCAGCAUUUCUUCAGGUGGCAUGCUGGAUGAUCACCGGAGAGAGACAAGCCGCUCGGAUCCGAACUCUCUACCUACAGACCAUUCUGCAGCAAGACAUCGCCUUCUUCGACAAGGAGGUUCACACCGGAGAAGUCAUCGGGAGGAUGUCCGGAGACACGGUCCUCAUCCAAGAUGCCAUCGGAGAGAAGGUCGGCAAGUUUGCGCAGUUGAUGGCAACCUUCUUCGGAGGCUUCAUCAUCGCCUUCAGCAAAGGGUGGCUUCUCACUCUGGUCAUGCUGUCGUCCAUUCCGCCGCUCAUGAUCUCCGGCGGGGUCAUGUCGCAAGUGGUCGCCAAGAUGGCGUCGCGUGGCCAGAACGCCUAUGCCGCCGCGGCGGUUGUGGUGGAGCAGACCAUUGGCGCCAUUAGAACUGUUGCCUCGUAUACAGGGGAGAAGAGGGCUAUGAGUGAGUACAACAAGUCUCUCGACAGCGCUUACAAAUCAUCUGUGCAACAAGGCCUAGCCACGGGGCUCGGCCUCGGCACCGUCAUGUUCAUGAUGUUUUGCAGCUACGGCUUGGCCGUUUGGUACGGCGCCAAGAUGAUUCUUGAAAAGGGCCACUCUGGUGGUGAAGUAUUCACAGUCAUUGUCGCAGUUCUAACUGGCUCACUGUCUUUGGGGCAAGCCUCUCCCUGCUUGACAGCGUUCGCAGCAGGGCGAGCCGCGGCCUACAAGAUGUUCGAGACCAUCGACAGGAAGCCCGAGAUCGAUCCAUUCGACAGCAGAGGGAAGGUGUUGAGCGACAUUGCUGGAGAUAUAGAGCUGAGAGAUGUAUGCUUUAGUUAUCCAGCUAGGCCUACCGAGCUCAUUUUUACUGACUUCUCUCUCAGCAUCCCACGUGGCACUACUGCCGCGUUGGUGGGACAGAGUGGGAGUGGCAAGUCCACCGUGGUUAGCCUCAUCGAGAGAUUCUACGAUCCACAGAGUGGUCAGGUUCUGAUUGAUGGGACCGACCUCAGGGAAUUCCAGCUCAAGUGGAUCAGGUCAAAGAUCGGGCUCGUGAGCCAGGAGCCGGUAUUGUUCAUGGGAAGCAUCAAGGACAACAUUGCCUACGGCAAGGAUGGCGCCACUGAUCAAGAGAUUAGAGGCGCCGCUGAGCUUGCUAAUGCUGCUAAGUUCAUUGAUAAGCUGCCGCAGGGGUUCGAUACUUGGGUUGGUGAGCACGGGACUCAGCUAUCCGGGGGGCAGAAGCAGAGGAUUGCCAUAGCACGGGCUAUUCUGAAGGAUCCGCGGAUUUUGCUUCUGGACGAGGCUACAAGCGCGCUGGAUGCAGAGUCGGAGAGAGUAGUUCAGGAGGCGCUUGAUCGGAUCAUGGUGAACAGGACGACCGUGAUAGUCGCACAUCGUCUAACCACAGUUAGGAAUGCUAACAUGAUUGCAGUGAUUCAUAAAGGAAAAAUGGUUGAGAAAGGCACCCAUACGGAGUUGUUGGAGGAUCCGGAAGGCGCGUAUUCUCAGCUUGUACGGCUUCAAGAAGCGCGUAAUGAAGAAGAUGAUGUUGUGGAGGAGCCAGAUUAUGCGGAUGAGUACAGCAGGCAAGCGAGCCAGAAGCCAACGCUCGCAAAUCUAAUGAGUCAAAGAUCGUCCAGGUUCAGAAGUGGGAGCCACAACUCAAUUUCCAUCUCCUUCAGCCUAUCCAGAGGGGUGAGUGUUUCGAGGAACGAGUACGAGGAGUUGGAGCUUGAAUCUGAUAAGAAGAAGCACCCUGAGGUGCCUCUGUCGCGGCUGGCCGCCCUCAACAGGCCUGAGGCGCCAGCUCUGUCAGCCGGCACUCUGGCUGCAAUUGUGAAUGGGGCAAUAGUCCCAUUUUUCGGCAUCCUACUGUCACUUGUGAUCAAGACGUUCUACGAGCCGCCUCACAAGAUGAGGCAAGACUCCAAGUUCUGGGCCGUCAUGUUUGUGGCUCUGGGAGUGGUGUCUCUGGUGGCAUACCCGCUACGGACGUACUUCUUUGGCGUGGCUGGUUGCAGGCUCAUCAGGAGGAUCCGAAUGAUGUGUUUUGAGAAGGUGGUGAACAUGGAGGUUGCUUGGUUUGACGAGGCUGAGAAUUCGAGUGGGGUGAUUGGCGCGAGGUUGUCGGCCGAUGCAGCUACUAUUCGAGCUCUAGUUGGAGAUGCUUUGGCGCAGAUUGUACAAGAUCUUUCCUCUGCAAUCGUGGGGCUUGUUAUAGCCUUCUUUGCUUGUUGGCAGCUGGCUUUGAUUGUUCUUGGAUUGGUGCCUCUCAUUGCUCUCAAUGGAUAUAUCCAACUCAAAUUCAUGAUGGGAUUCAGCGCGGAUGCUAAGGUGAUGUAUGAGGAAGCAAGUCAAGUGGCUAAUGAUGCUGUAGGAACAAUUAGAACUGUGGCUUCUUAUUGUGCAGAGGAAAAGAUUAUGGAAAUGUACAAGAAAAAGUGUGAAGGGCCAGUGAAGAUGGGGAUAAAGCAAGGAUUGAUUAGUGGCACCGGUUUCGGGCUAUCUUUAGCCUUGUUAUUCUUCGCCUAUGCCACAGCCUUCUAUGCCGGAGCUCGGCUUGUUGAGUCCGGGAAGACAACUUUCGCAGAUGUGUUUCGUGUUUUCUUUGCGAUAAACAUGGCGGCCGUCGCUGUGUCCCAAUCGAGCACGUUUGCCCCGGACUCGAGCAAGGCAAAGAGCGCAACAGCUUCCAUAUUUGCUAUCCUAGACAGAAGAUCAAACAUUGAUCCCAGUGAUGAAUCUGGCACCAUCCUGGAGAAUUUAAAAGGGGAAAUUGAGCUAAGACAUAUAAGCUUCAAGUAUCCUACUAGGCCUAAUAUCAGAAUCUUCAGAGACCUCUCACUAACAAUUCACAGUGGCAAGACAGUGGCGCUGGUGGGGGAGAGUGGGAGUGGGAAAUCAACGGUGAUCGCCCUGCUGCAGAGAUUCUACAAUCCCGACUCAGGUGUGAUCACCGUUGACGGAAUCGACAUCCAGAAGAUGAAUCUAAAAUGGCUAAGGCAACAAAUGGGACUAGUAAGCCAAGAGCCAGUCCUCUUCAGUGGCACAAUCAGAGACAACAUAGCCUACGGCGGCAAGGGAGGGAACGCUACAGAGGCCGAGAUCACGGCCGCAGCCAAUCUAGCCAACGCCCACAGCUUCAUCAGCGGGCUGCAGCAGGGGUACGACACCACGGUGGGCGACCGUGGGGUCCAGCUGUCUGGCGGGCAGAAGCAGAGGAUUGCCAUAGCGCGGGCCAUUGUGAAGUCCCCGCAGAUAUUGCUGCUGGACGAGGCCACGAGCGCUCUGGACGCGGAGUCCGAGAGGGUGGUGCAGGAUGCACUCGAUCGGGUGAUGGUGAACCGGACCACGGUGGUGGUGGCGCACAGGCUGUCGACGAUCAAGAAUGCUGAUGUGAUUGCGGUGGUGAAGAAUGGAGUGAUUGUGGAGAAAGGGAAGCAUGAUUCUCUUAUUAGUAUUAAAGAUGGGUUCUAUGCAUCACUUGUGGCAUUGCAUAUGGCCGCUACAUGAUUCAAUUUUUUUUUGGUAAUUUUACUACUUGAAGUAUUAUACCAAUAUAUAUAGAUGUAGAUCAGAUUGUGAUAGUAAAUAAAAGGCCAAGUACGUACCUUUAUAUACCUUAAUUGCACAAGUGUAUU